CAUUUAUACCAAAAUGAAGUUGCCUGUCCUAUGCUGCAAUAGGCCAAAAGGGCCUCACCAAGGGCCAACAUAGUUCACAAGCUCUGCUCUUUCUAUUUUGGAACAAAGUUCACCAAGAGCUUUGUAGGUGUGUGGUUCUCAUUUUCUCAUUCUAUUUUGGAUGGCAUUGCCUAACUACAAAUUGCAUCAAAGCCCAUUAAUUCAUAGCCAAGCUCUGCUCUUCCUAUAUAAGCCUACCCAAACACUGCAGAAAAAAACCACUCUCUGCAAGCUCAAACCAGUGAAAAAAAUGCUUCACAUUGUCUUCCUCUUUUCUCUCCUACUGUCCUCACAUGCUGCAGUUCAAGAUUUUUGUGUUGCAAACUUUAAGGCCCCAGAAGGCCCAGCAGGCUACUCCUGCAAGAAGCCUGCAAAGGUCAAAGUUAGUGACUUCGUGUUUACUGGCCUCGGCAUCCCUGGAAACACUUCAAACAUCAUCAAAGCUGCAGUGACUCCGGCAUUUGCAGCCCAAUUCCCGGGUGUGAAUGGGCUGGGCAUUUCCAUGGCACGGCUAGACCUAGCCCCCGCCGGGGUUGUGCCAAUGCACACCCACCCGGGUGGGUCAGAGGUUUUAGUUGUGGUGCAGGGUUCAAUCACUGCCGGUUUUAUUUCCUCGGCCAAUGCUGUUUACGUGGAGAAGCUUAAGAAGGGAGAUAUUAUGGUAUUUCCAAAAGGGUUGCUGCAUUUUCAAGUGAAUGCUGGUGGGAUUCCAGCAAUUGCUUUUGUCAGCUUCAGCAGCGCAAGUCCUGGACUCCAAAUCGUUGAUUUUGCACUGUUUGGCAACAACUUGCCAUCUGCCUUGGUGGAGAAAACUACUUUCCUUGAUGAUGCUCAAGUGAAGAAGCUCAAGGGAGUUCUUGGUGGUUCUGGCUAAUUAAGAUUGCCCAAAAAUUGCCUCUACCUUGUUCACAUGCAUUGAUUCUUUAUAUUGGUUUCUUUUAGCUUGUUCCAUGCCUUGUACUUGGUUCUUAGAGCUUUGUUAUUAUUCUUCUGAACAAUGUCAAUGCAUCAAAUUCAAUA